AUGUGGAUCCGUUCUUCUGAAGAAGAUAUAUCACAAGAAGAACGAAAUAGUGCAAAAUUCUCAAAUGUUUCUUGGCAUCGUAGACACUCUAUCUUAUCUAUCUUUUUUCCCAACCUAUUUUCUCCUUUUUUACUUUCUUUUUUCUUUCACUUUCACCAUUAUUAUUUUCCUUUCUGAUAAUAGCGAAGACAAAACUACUGGCCAAAAGUGUACGCAGCAGAGAAGCGUCCAGCUUCUCGUCCCUUGACACUUUACGAUGAUAAUAUUAUGAAUCCUGUCCCUCUCUUAUACCAUACUUUUACACACAUAUUGCGCAUAUCCCGUCCACAUUUCCUCUUUAUUAUUCUUUUUUUCUUUAGGGCCCUUCUCAGGGCCCGCAAAUGUUUCAUUUAUGGAGUAGCAGCUCCUCGGUAGAACUAAACAAAAAAAAAAAAAAAAAACAAAAAACAAUCUGUCCUUUUCAGGACAAAAAUCUCAAACCUUUCUGUUCGUCUUCCGAGGACGAAAACACAAACGUUUCUCUUGCAGGGGAGAAAUCUAAAAACGUUCAACAGUUCAAGAUGACUGACACAAGCGUAUUUGCAUGGAAACUGAAGAAGGUCGUGGAAGAACUGCGGCAUAGAAUGUUCAGGAAGUUUUAAGUGUGUCACGACGUUUCACUAGAAAAGCAAAUGAGUCUUAUGAUUUCGUUGACCUCCUUGCCAUACGUUCCUUUUGUGAACAAUUUUUUUUAUCAGAUUAUCUUUGUACGAUUCAAUUUUUUUUUGAAAUCUAUAGCACAUGAUGACUUCUUCUUUUGCAAUGAGAUUUAUAUAAUUGCGCAACGCAAAUUCCAUAUCUUGGCCGUGUUUUGAAGAUUCAUGCUUACGCGUGAUUAUGACGUCGUAGACGAGAGAAUAAGUAACAUGAAGACAGAAUGUCAUAGAAUUGAAAAGAUUACACGUCAAAACAGCGAAGAAAUUCAAGUAUCUACUCGAUUGCUAUUGUUUUAUUAUUUUAAGAACUGACUUUGAAUAAAU